AUGGCGGCGCACCUCUUCAGACCCCGAGAUAUCCUGCUGGAUGUGGACGAGAUGGACCUUCCAAUGACGGACACAAGCUUCUCACGGCAAGCAUCCCUGGGUAUCCCCCCCACACCUAGCCUGGAUGACGACAGGAGCCGGGAUGCCAAGCAGCUGCAGAACAGUAUAGCAGGUAAUGCGGGAAUGCUCCCAGUCUCAAACGUGGAGGAGGCAGUGUGCAACAACUUCACAACCGCGGAGGCCCUGCGCAGCUUCUGUGACAUGACCGGCACCGACUCUGAGGGGCAGCGCGCCUUGGACCCCGAUGAGGUGGUAUUGGAUCGGCAGUACCUGUUCAGCGUGUAUGUCCAUGCGCCGCCCAACAUUGCAGGCAGGCAGGGCUGGAUUCUGUCAGGAGGAAGGGUUGGGUGA